AUAGCUUCCCGCCGAAGUUUUUCAUAAAUUCACCGCCAUUUAUAAACCUCCCGCCGUUCCCACCAAACCCUUCAGAAAUCCUCCGUCUCCUUCCCACACACUCUCCUUCGGAGCUCGAGGAAUGGCGGAUCCCGCCUCCCUUCCGCCCCGCUCGGAGACGCCAGUAGAAAACCCUAACCCUAGAACAAUCCCCAAUUCCAGGCAUACCUCGAGGAACACAAUCCACAUAGGAGGGAUUCCCGUGGAGUUCCCGCACCAGCCCUAUGGCACCCAGCUAGCGUUCAUGAACCGAGUGAUUUCGACGCUCGAUCGGUCGCAGAGGGACGGGCAAUGCAACGCGUUGCUGGAGUCGCCUACUGGUACUGGAAAGACCUUGUCAUUGCUUUGCUCCGCCCUGGCUUGGCAGCAGAACCAGAAGUCAAAGAGUCGGCGUGAGAAUUUGACCCGUUUGAGCUAUUUGGAUGCUGACCCUCAGGCCGUCACCGACCCAAUUGAUCAUGGAGGUGGUUUUAUUCCCGAGACUAAUCCAUCAGAAAGUUCUGUAACACCACAGUCCACCAGGACUCAUGAAAAGAAAGAAAAGCUAAGAUUGGCACCCACUAUCUUUUAUUCAACAAGAACUCAUGCUCAAAUCAGUCAAGUCAUUCAGGAGUACAAGCAGACUUCAUACAGAGUUUCCAUGGCAGUUUUGGGAUCAAGGAAACAUUAUUGUACAAACCCCCAUAUACGGGGUGAAGAGAACGUUAACGAAAAAUGUAAAGUGCUAUUGAAGAAGAAGAACAAAGAAGAUACCUGCCCUGAAUUCAAAAAUGUUCCUAAAGUCAAAGGCCAUCCUUCUCUACAAAAAGGAGGUUGCCAUGAGGUCCAUGAUAUAGAAGACCUUGUCAAAGUUGGCCAAGUAGUUAAAGGCUGUUCAUAUUUUGCAGCGCGAUCAAUGGCACAAGAUGCAGAACUUGUCUUCUGCCCUUAUAACUAUAUCAUCAAUCCAAUCAUUCGAGAGGCAAUGGAAGUUGAUAUUAGUGGGAGCAUUAUCAUAUUAGACGAAGCACAUAACAUAGAAGACAUAGCUCGUGAUGCUGGUAGUAUCGAUCUUGACGAAGAAGUUUUGCUGGGGUUGCAGAGUGAACUUGGACAGCUGAGUCUCAAUAAUGACAUGACUUACCAGCCUUUGUUUGAGAUGACACAGGACAUCUUGAGUUGGAUUGACCAUAGAAAGGAUGCUUUGGUAAAACAUGAGUCUCAGCACUAUUUCUGUUGUUGGACUGGAGAUAAGGCUUUAAAAGAGCUACAAGAAGCUAAUAUAUCAGUGCAGAAUUUCCCAAUUUUGCAAGCAUGUGCCAAGGAGGCAUUUAAAGCUGCUUCAGAAGCUGCACCAGAUGUUUCUCAUUUAAGUGGGUUGGCAGUAACUACAUUAGAAGGAUUGUUCUCUUCACUCAAUUACUUCUUCUCUGGGAAUGCCAUCCAUGCACAUGAUUUUGUGUUAUCACUACAAAGAUUUGUGAAGAAAGAUGAAGGUGGUUGGACAAACACAUUCAGCUUGUGGUGCAUGAACCCAGCUGUUGUUUUCAAAAGCAUUGCCAGCUUUUCACAAUCCAUAAUCCUUACUUCAGGGACUCUAUCACCCCUGAGUACUUUCUCAUCUGAACUUGGUGUCAAGUUUGGUACUUGUCUCGAAGCUCCACAUGUGAUAGAUGUUGAUUCACAGGUAUGGGCAGCUGCAAUUGCCAAUGGUCCCUGUAACUAUCCACUCAAUGCAAGUUACAAAACUGCAGAAGAGUACUCUUUCCAGGAUGCAGUUGGUACAUCUUUGGAGGAAAUAUGCAAGGUUGUUCCUGGUGGGUGCCUGGUUUUCUUUCCUAGCUACAAGCUGCUGGAUAAAGUAACCAUUCGGUGGAAACAAACAGGGCAAUGGUCUCGAUUAAAUGCUCAAAAAUCCAUUUUUGUUGAGCCAAGAGGUAAAUGCCAAGAUUCUUUUGAGGUUGUCUUAAAGGAUUACUAUAAUUCCAUUCAUAGAGGAACAGGAUGGAUGAGCGGAAGAAAGAUAAGAGGUAAAUCAUUAGGUCUUAAAAAGGGAAAAGGAAUGGAGUCCAUGAAAGAUACAAAAACAGAAGGUGCAGCUUUUUUGGCAGUUUGUCGAGGCAUCUGAAGGAAUGAAUUUCUCGGAUGACAAUGCCCGAGCGGUUGUGGUUAUUGGGAUUCCCUUUCCAAAUCUUUACGACAUUAAAAUCUCACAGAAGAAGAAGUUCAACGACAUACAUGCGUUAUCAAAAAACCUUCUAAAUGGGAAUGAGUGGUACUGCCAGCAAGCCUUUAGGGCGCUAAACCAGGCUACAGGCCGCUGCAUACGGCACAGAUUUGACUAUGGAGCUAUCAUCUUCUUAGAUGAGAGGUUGCAUCAGAACCGAAAUAGAGCGCACAUAUCAAAGUGGCUGCGAAAGUCGAUUAGGCUGUACAGCAGGUUUGAGGAUUCACUGGAUAGUUUGAAAUCCUUCUUCAAAGAUGUGAAGGGGAAAUCAGUGAAUCCAUCACAGGAUCCCGUGGAUAAGAAAAACUGGGCAAAUAGGAAGAACAACAACGAUAAUAAUAAUAGUGGUAGUAGUCAAUUGACAAACCAACCAAAAGUCGGAUCAAAUAGUCAUCUACCGGUUCCAGUUGCAAAAUAUGUGUUCUUGGUGUUCAUGUGCUGGCCACUGAUGCACUCAGUCUCAAGCUUCAAAACAAGAUAUUGUUUUUUCUUGACAGCUUGGAGAUUGAAAAUCUCGAGGCACAUAAUAGACAUUAAUAUUAUGUUACAAAAGGAGGUAAAUUAGUAGUUAUUCUUAGCUCUAUCAGUUUGCAUGGGUGAAUUCAAAUUAUUUGUGUAACAUUGGUGGUCAAUAUAGUGGUAGAAGCUAGUUUCACUGGUGGUAGUUUUUAAAGUUUUAUUUUAUUAUUUUUGUAUAGUAAUUUUAUGUAUUACUGUGCUGGAGGGUACUUCUAACAGCCUAAUAAUGUUAGACAAUACUU